AUGGAAGACCUCUACGACACUGGCAAAGUCCAGAAUCCUCCCAUUGCCGCCGUCACUACCAACUCGUUCCUUUAUUUAGCCUGGGCUAUUAGAUCCCAGGGUGUCUAUCGCUCACAGUUUGUGGGGAAGAACACCGGGAUGUUCUACUGCAGUGCUGCUCACUUGACCUUGGAUAUUGUGGCUUGGACACUGACUGUUAUGAUGUCGACAAAUUAUCAGCUUGUGUUGAUUACUGGGACUGAAGCUGAGGCUAGUUUGAGUGAUGAAGAAUGUGAUGAGUUGAUGGGGACGUGGCAGGUUUUUAAUGGGAUUCGAGAGUUGUUUCCUCUUGCGGGUGGUGUUUCGGGACUUGUGGUUGCGUUGUGCUAA